AAAGAAUAAAGAAUAAAACAGAAAAAAAAAAAAAAAAACUAUACGAUGUCAACACUUGGGUCAAUUCAAACAACACCAUCAGCCAAAGCAGCUCGUCAAUCUGUACAACAAGUUGCAUCCGACUUUAAUACACAUUUAUCAAAAGGACUUCGACAUAAUGAUGUGAUUGGCUUACGUGGAAUCUAUGGUUGGAACGAAUUGGAUAAAGAGGAAGACGAAACUUUACUUAUCAAGUUCUUCAAAUCCUUCAGUGAAAAUCCUCUCAUCUUGUUAUUACUUGGUUCUGCUUUUGUUUCAGUAUUGAUGGGACAAAUGGAUGAUGCUAUUAGUAUUACUAUGGCUAUUUUAAUUGUUGUUACUGUUGCGUUUGUACAAGAAUAUAAAUCGGAAAAGUCUUUGGAAGCCUUGAACAAAUUAGUUCCUCAUUAUUGUCAUCUUAUAAGGGAUGGUCAAUUAUCAACAGUAUUAGGCAAUGAACUUGUUCCUGGUGAUCUAGUUCAAUUUAGUAUUGGUGAUAGAAUUCCAGCAGAUUGUCGUCUAAUCACAACUGUCGAUCUUGAAAUUGAUGAAUCCAAUUUGACAGGUGAAAACAAACCCCGACGUAAAAUGGUGGAUGCUUUGACUUCUUAUGGAGAAUUGGCUUUAUCCGAACGGGACAAUAUUGCUUUUAUGGGUACUUUGGUUCGAAAUGGUCGUGGAACUGGUAUUGUAGUGGCUACUGGGAAAUCAACUGAAUUUGGUCAUGUAUUUGAAUUGAUGCAAGAAGUGGAAGUGCGUAAAACACCUUUACAAAUUAGUAUGAAUGAAUUAGGAAAACAGUUAUCAAUUUUCUCCUUUGGUGUUAUUGGUAUCAUUGUUAUCAUUGGUCUAUUACAACAACGAAGUUGGUUGGAAAUGUUUACUAUUGGUGUCAGUUUAGCUGUAGCUGCUAUUCCUGAAGGUUUACCUAUUGUUGUUACUGUCACUUUAGCUCUAGGUGUCAUCCGAAUGGCAAAUCGUCGUGCUAUUGUCAAACAAUUACCAUCUGUUGAAACUCUUGGAUCUGUAAAUAUUGUUUGUGCUGAUAAAACUGGAACGUUGACUGUGAAUCAAAUGACGGUGACAAAGGUGUUUACAAUGCAAGAUCAAGCGGUAUUCGACUAUGAAAAUAAGGUUCCAACUCAUUUUCCUAUGGCUUUACGUCAAACACUUCGUAUCGGUAACCUUUGCAACAAUGCUAAUAUUAGUGAAGAUGGGAAAUACAUUGGACAACCUACUGAUAUCGCUCUUCUCGAUGUGGCAAUUCGUAGUGGGUUUCAAGAUGAACGUGUGGGUUACGAACGUCUAUCAGAAGUACCAUUCAAUUCGGAACAAAAGUAUAUGUCCGUCACCUGUAAGAAUAUGAACGGUGAAGUUUGCAACUAUAUGAAAGGAGCAACAGAAGUGAUUUUGGAAAAAUGUACAACCUAUUAUGGCAAUGACCAGCAACUCAACUUUACAAAUCAGCUCAAGGAUGAAGUACUUCAACAUGCAUCAGCAAUGAGUACCCAUGGUUUACGUGUUCUAGCUACUGCUUACGGUAUCAACGAUCAAGUUUUGUGUUUUACUGGAUUACUUGCAGUGUAUGAUCCUCCACGAUCAACAGUUGCUUCUGCUAUUCAAGAUUUAGUUCAAGGUGGUGUCAAAGUUUCCAUGAUUACUGGUGAUUCCGAAGCAACUGCCACUUCAAUUGCACGACGCUUGGGUAUUCCUCUGAAUGUCAAAGGGAGCUGCUUGACUGGCAAAGAUAUUGAACUCAUGUCAGAACGUCAACUCCAAGAAACUAUUCAUUCUGUAUCAGUAUUUGCAAGAACAACUCCAAAACAUAAAUUAGCUAUUGUUCGUGCUUAUCAAGCGACUGGUGCUGUUGUAGCUAUGACUGGUGAUGGUGUCAAUGAUGCUCCUGCUCUUAAAAUGGCGGAUAUUGGUAUUUCUAUGGGCAAGAGUGGUACAGAUGUGUCCAAAGAAGCUGCGGAUAUGAUUUUGGUAGAUGAUGAUUUCUCUACUAUUUUACAUGCCAUUGAGGAAGGGAAAUCUAUCUUUUACAAUAUUCAAAACUUUUUAACUUUUCAACUCAGUACAAGUAUUUCUGCUCUAUCAUUGAUUGCCUUGAGCACUUUGUUUGGUUUAUCUACACCUUUGAAUGCAAUGCAAAUCUUAUGGAUUAAUAUUAUCAUGGAUGGACCUCCAGCUCAAUCAUUAGGCGUAGAACCUGUGGAUCCUGGAAUCAUGAAAAAACCUCCACGUGCAAGAUCAGCCAACAUUAUUACCAAAAGAUUAAUUUCAAGGGUAUUAACAGCAGCUGCCAUUGUAGUAAUUGGUACUAUGAGUGUAUAUAUCAGUGAAUUAGGUGAUGAUGGACCUACUAGGAGAGGAACGACAAUGACGUUUACUACUUUUGUAUUUUUCGACAUGUUCAAUGCAUUGGCUUGUAGAUCUGAAAAGCAAUCCAUCUUCAAGAUUGGCUUAUUCUCCAACCGUAUGUUUAAUUUGGCUGUGGGUGGCUCUAUCUUAUCUCAACUAUUUGUGAUUUAUUUACCAUUCUUCCAAAAUAUUUUCCAAACCGAUGCAUUAUCUUUGUACGAUCUUUUUCUGUGUUUAUUGUGGAUGAAAUCAAAAAAUACAUUGGUGCUCAAGGAAUUACUGUUAGACGUCGUCAUGGAUUAG